AUGGGGAAAAAAGGCAGUUCUAUGCCCAUAAUACCUGCGAAUUCAGGAGAAAGCAGGAGUUCAAUCCAAGGGAUUGAUAAGUUUAAGGAAACAGGUGUUAUCACCCCAGAAGAGUUUGUGGCAGCUGGAGAUCACUUAGUCCACCACUGUCCAACAUGGCAAUGGGCUACUGGGGAAGAAUUGAAAGUGAAGGCAUACCUACCAACAGGCAAACAAUUUUUGGUCACCAAAAAUGUGCCAUGCUACAAGCGGUGCAAACAGAUGGAGUAUUCAGAUGAAUUGGAAGCUAUCAUUGAAGAAGAUGAUGGUGAUGGGGGAUGGGUAGAUACUUAUCAUAACACAGGGAUUGCAGGAAUAACCGAAGCAGUUAAGGAGAUUACAUUGGAAAGCAAGGACAGUAUAAAACUUCAAGAUUGCGCAGCAAUAUGUGAGGAGGAGGAAGAAGAAGAUGAAGGAGAAGCUGCAGAUAUGGAAGAAUAUGAAGAAAGUGGAUUGUUGGAAACAGAUGAGGCUACCCUAGACACAAGGAAAAUAGUAGAGGCUUGUAAAACUAAAACUGAUGCUGGAGGUGAAGAUGCUAUUUUGCAAACAAGAACUUACAACCUUUAUAUCACUUAUGAUAAAUAUUACCAGACACCACGAUUAUGGUUGUUCGGCUAUGAUGAGCAAAGGCAGCCUUUAACAGUUGAACACAUGUAUGAAGACAUCAGUCAAGAUCAUGUGAAGAAAACAGUGACCAUUGAAAAUCACCCUCAUCUCCCACCACCUCCUAUGUGUUCAGUUCAUCCAUGCAGGCAUGCUGAGGUGAUGAAGAAAAUCAUUGAGACUGUUGCAGAAGGAGGAGGAGAACUUGGUGUUCAUAUGUAUCUUCUAAUUUUCUUGAAGUUUGUACAAGCUGUCAUUCCAACAAUAGAAUAUGACUACACAAGACACUUCACAAUGUAACGGAGAGAGCAUAGAAUCUAUUCUAAUUAUUGUUUCUGAUUUUUAAACAGUUAACCCAUAGAUGUGACCAUUGACCAUAUUCACCAAUAUGUACAAUUUCUCUAAUAAAGGGACUUAUAUGUUUAUGCAUUAAAUAAAAAAAGUUCCACUACCAGA